UCCAGGUACGUCAACCAUGUUGUUUAGUCCUUUUAAAUCAACCCAUGUCGGCAUGCUUCGUGAACGACUGGGAGCAUUUCGGCAACGAUCAUAUAGACUACUGGUGGCGCAUUACAGUGCAGACAACCGCUCUACAGUAAUGACGAAUGAAUUUCCAAAAAAGUCCAUCACCCAAGAUUUAGCUGAGCGGUAUCAACAGUACCUCACUGGAAAAACUCCACAACCGUCAGAUGCCCCAAUUCGACGUCCUGAUUUAAAUAAAGUGGCCAUUGUUGGUGCAGGAAUGUCGGGUCUGUAUUCCGCCUUACUUCUUAAAAAACAAGGAAUCGAUGUGAAAAUUUUUGAGGCUACCGAUCGAGUUGGUGGCCGUGUUUACACGCACAGGUUUGAGGACAAAAAGAAUCAAUAUUUUGAAGCAGGGGCGAUGCGACUGCCCCAAGUCGACUGGCAGAAGCCCGUUUUCGACCUAAUACGUUACCUGAAUAACACAUUGCCCCAUUUUCCAAUUAACCUUAUACCAUACAACUAUUCCUAUACAUCGGGGAACAGGGUUUACGUGAAUAAUACGAAACAGAAAGAUGAAAAUAUCAUGACCGUUGACUAUGCAAAUCACCAUCUUGAUGAGCUAGGCUUUCCAACUGCAGCUGGUGCCAAUGAAGAAGCAGGGAAACUGUUGCAAGAUGCUAUCAACCCCAUAGCAAAGGAACUACUCGAUGACUUUCCCAGUGCGUUGAAAAAGUAUGAUUGUAAGACAUUGCAUUUUUAUCUGUCCACAGAACUUGGAUGGACUCCCGAAAAAAUCAAUUACGUGGAAGUCAUGACUUCACAGACAAACGAAUUUUACCUUGGCCUGGUUGAUCAAGUUAUCCUGAAUUCCGACUUUACAGGUCAAGUAGUAAGCGAGUGGCAAACAAUCGACGAUGGAAUGUGUCGCCUUCCUGAAGCAAUGACAAUGGUUAUUGGGGAGAAAAGCAUAAUUUACAACACGCCUAUUGAAUCCCUGAGAUAUAUCGCUAACGAUCGUGUCGAGGUUGGUUAUUCUGUAUCAGAUCUUGGAGUUAAAUACGAAAAUUUUGAUGCUGUUGUUCUUGCUCUCCCACCAAGUUCUGUUCGUAUGAUCCGAAAUAAGCCAACCUGGCCAGUUGCACUCGAACAUGGCCUGCGAUCAAUCCAUUUUCAGCCCCUUUACAAGAUAGGGUUGCGCUUUAAAUCUCGGUUUUGGGAACGUGAGAAUUUGAGACCUUCCAAUGGAGGGCAGUCAAUAUCAGAUCUUCCAUGUCGCUGGGUUGUUUAUCCAUCGUAUGGAAUUGGUGACAAAGGCAUGGGAGUGCUACUACUGUACAGCUGGAUGACGGAUUCAAAUCACUGGCUUCCGAAGUCAAAUUUGGAAAAGGUUAAUUUGGCGUUGAGUAAUCUCCAGGAGCUGUACCCUGAAGUUGAUAUCUAUGAUCAGUAUGCUGGAGGAAGUCCAGGUAAUGAAAAUUACUUGAAAGAGGCAUUUCCAGUAGAAUGGGCAGUGCAGUGGGCGUUGGGUGACGCUACGUUUUAUCCCAGUCAAUUCUCGUACCUGUAUCCUGUUAUGAAGCAACCUCAACGUCAAAUCUACUUCACUGGAGAGCAUCUUAGUGUCUACCACACUUGGAUCGUGGGUGCUCUUGACUCAGCUAAGGACACCGUAUGUCAACUCCUUGGACACAAUGUUGGACAUCUUUGAAACUUUUUAGAUUGAUAAUUAAGUACAUUCGUUUUAGAUAUCUAGAGGCUAGUGUUAUAGCAUUCGGAAAAUAUAUUUAGUUGUUGUUUCAUGUACGUUGAUGUAGGAUGCCCAUUAAAUAGGUUCAGAUACUUUAUGUAAGUCUUGCCAAAUAGUCCGAAGACAUAACGAUUACGUCAUGUAAUUGAGUGACAGUUACUAUGGCAACAAGAAAUACAAGAUGGCGAUUUUUAAAACACGUAAAAUUCAAAUAAAUAGUUGUUUCCUUGUUUUAUUGUAUAAUUUGUAUCAUGAAUUAAAU